ACCGCCCCCCCCCCCCCCCUCUCAGACCUAGACCCCUCCCACCGUGUCUGAGGCCCCUCCCCCUCCCAGCGUCGCCGACAUGCCCGCCGCCCUGGCGGACUCGUCCCAGAUCAUCUGCGAGGUCUGGGCCAACAACGUGGACGAGGAGAUGCACAAGAUCCGACACAUCAUCCAGAGCUUCAACUUCAUCGCCAUGGACACAGAGUUCCCGGGCGUGGUGGUGCGGCCCAUCGGAGAGUUCCGGAGCACGGUGGACUACCAGUACCAGCUGCUGCGCUGCAACGUGGACCUGCUGAAGAUCAUCCAGCUGGGCCUCAGCUUCAUGAACGAGGACGGAGACUACCCCGCCGGGACCACCACCUGGCAGUUCAACUUCAAGUUCAACCUCACGGAGGACAUGUACUCCCAGGACUCCAUCGACCUGCUCCAGAACUCCGGCCUCCAGUUCAAGAAGCACGAGGAGGACGGCAUCGACACGCUGUACUUCGCCGAGCUGCUGAUGACCUCUGGCCUCGUGCUGUGUGAAAACGUCAAGUGGCUGUCCUUCCACAGCGGCUAUGACUUCGGCUACCUGGUGAAGCUGCUGACGGACGCCCGGCUCCCGGAGGAGGAACACGACUUCUUCCAGAUCCUCAACCUCUUCUUCCCGGCCAUCUACGACGUCAAGUACCUGAUGAAGAGUUGUAAGAACCUCAAGGGGGGACUGCAGGAAGUGGCCGACCAGCUGGAGCUGAAGAGGAUUGGUCGACAGCAUCAGGCCGGCUCUGACUCUCUGCUCACGGGAAUGGCCUUCUUCAGGAUGAAGGAGCUCUUCUUCGAGGACAACAUCGACGACGCCAAGUACUGCGGGAGGCUGUACGGCCUGGGCUCGGGCUUCGGCCAGCCUCAGAACGGGCUCUCCAGCUCCGCCCAGGACCAGGACUCCAACAGCAAGCACUGAGCCUCCAGCAGUGGGACACUCGUUUUAACCAGCACCCCCCCCCCCCCCCCCCCCGACCGUAGGACCAGCCCCCCCACCACCACCACCACCGCCGCCGCCGCCGCCUCCACCAGCAAACCACUGGACCGGACCCCCUUGGCUUUUACUGGUUUUAUACGACCUAUAUUCCCAAUGUAUGGUCCGACUGGCUAUAUGUCUCUCUCCCCCCCCCCCCCCCCCCCCUGAUGUAUGGUUUGACUGGCUAUAUGGUCUGAAUUCAGAACGCCUUUUUAAAAAUAUUUUUUUUAUGGCUGCAAGACUCCUUCAGUGGGACCAAGAUGGUGGUGAGAAGCCUUCUCUAUCUCUGAACCGUCGUCACAGAGCCCCCCACCCCCACCCCCCCGCCGCCCCGCUCUGUGGUGGCAGCCAUGGACGGACUGUGUUUAAAGUUGUGCUGGGAAGCGCUAGGCACAUGAAAUUUGCUCCAUUUUUGACAGCAGAAACACAGGUUUUAGCCUCGCUCCCCGUUGAGAAGGUCUUUUAAAGUUGGUGGGUUUUUAAGGCGUCCCCCUGGGUCUCCAGUCUGAUGUUCUGUACAUUUGCUUCUCUUCCAACGAUUCACUGCAGAUGGGCUGUGGUUCUUUUUGUUUUUAUGUCAUACAUUGUUUUAAACAGUUGUACAUUAAAUUGUUUUCUAUUUUGAAUGUAAAA